UUUGCUACUACUUUUCCUCCCCGCAGAAGACAGUUAUGACUCACUGUGGCAUCUCACUCCGUGCUGGCUGCGACGCAAGGAAGCAGAUUUGAGGAAGAACAUCGGUGCUUUUAACAGGACACCCCCCUCCUGCCCUCCCCUCACCUCCCUCCUGUUACCUCUUCUUAACGAUUUAUUUAGUGGUCCGUCCUCCUGACACUGUAUCCUGUUCAACCUGGCAAUGAAUGAGGAGCACUACUUGAGCCGCUGCCAGUGAAGUAUCCAGCGCUCACAAUGAGUCGGUCCGUCCACCUGCCCGGGAAUGAAGAACUGGGACUAUUGUUAAGAAACAUCAUUUAAAGGCCGAGCACAUGAUGGAGUUGUUGACAUAGGCUGACACGCAUUGUGUGUGCAAUGAUCACGGUGAAUCUUCAAACCAGCGUCGCUGCUUUGUCAUCGCACAACACUGUUGGACAUCAAUGUCGGUGCCGUGAGGCGCGCUGCGCUUGAAGCUUUCCCCGAGUGCAGACAGAACCAGAAGAUGAUAAAGAUGAUAUUGUUUCGCAAAUUCAGAGUGCUGAUACUCAUGGUGUUUUUGGUGGCCUGCACCAUGCACAUCAUGAUUGACUUGUUACCGAAGCUGGAGAAGCGGGCGGCGGGAGCGGACGGCGGGGACGGCGGCUGUCAGUGCGCUCACCACCCGGCCGGGGAGUCGCAGGGCUGGGGGAAGCAGCGCGCCAGGUCGGCGGCUGAAGCGGGCUGGCCUAACAAGCACACGCUGAGAAUCCUGCAGGAUUUCAGCAACGAGCCGAGCUCCAACCUCACGUCGCACUCCCUGGAAAAGAUCACCGCCGCCGCGGACAGAGCGGAGUCCCUCCGGCGGACGAGACCGUCGGCGGGGAGGGCGGAGGAGCACAAGCCGCUCAUCGGAGACGCGAGCGGGGGUCGCACCGUCCCUGCCCACGGUGUCUCCCGACUGGCCGCUCUGUUUGAGCAUCCGUUGUACAGGGUUGACCUUCCUCCCCUCACGGACGAUGACACUUUGUUUAACGUCAACACUGACAUCAGGUUUUAUCCCAGAGCAACAGGGAACCAAGGAUGGCACAACGAGGAGGGGAACGAGGAGGAGGAGGAGUUCUCUCCAACGGGAGAGGUGACGGAGGAGUCUUACCCCAACUGGCUGCGUUUCCACAUCGGCAUCAACCGCUACGAGCUGUACUCCAGACACAGUCCUGUGCUGGACGCCCUGCUGAAGGACCUGGUCUCGCAGAGGGUCACCAGCGUUGCCAUGAAAUCAGGAGGCACCCAGCUGAAGUUGAUCAUGACUUUCCAGAACUACGGACAAGCGCUGUUCAAGCCCAUGAAGCAGACCCGAGAGCAGGAGACCCCCCCGGACUUCUUCUACUUCUCCGACUUUGAGCGGCACAACGCUGAGAUUGCCGCUUUCCACUUGGACAGGAUCCUUGACUUCCGGAGAGUGCCCCCGGUGGCAGGACGACUUGUCAACAUGACGAGGGAGAUCAGAGACGUGACUCGUGAUAAGAAGCUGUGGCGGACCUUCUUCAUCUCGCCAGCCAAUAACGUCUGCUUCUACGGCGAGUGCUCGUACUACUGCUCCACUGAGCACGCUCUUUGCGGUAAACCGGACCAGAUCGAAGGCUCACUGGCGGCUUUCCUGCCAGACCUGAACCUGGCCAAACGCAAGACCUGGAGAAACCCCUGGAGACGGUCCUACCACAAGCGCAAGAAGGCAGAGUGGGAGGUGGACCCAGAUUACUGCGACGAGGUCAAGCAGACUCCUCCGUAUGACAGAGGCACUCGACUGCUGGACAUCAUGGAUAUGACCAUCUUUGACUUCUUAAUGGGUAACAUGGAUCGACAUCAUUACGAAACUUUUGAGAAGUUCGGAAACGACACCUUCAUUAUUCACCUUGACAACGGAAGAGGGUUUGGAAAACACUCCCAUGAUGAGCUGUCCAUCCUGGUGCCUCUCAGCCAGUGCUGCAGGGUGAGGAAAUCCACCUACCUGCGUCUGCAGCUGCUGGCCAAAGAGGACUACCAGCUGAGCUCCCUGAUGGAGGAGUCUCUGCUCCGUGACCGGCUGUCCCCCGUCCUCAUCCAGCGUCACCUCCAAGCCAUGGACCGCAGGCUCCGGCUGGUGCUGCAGGUCCUGGCGGGCUGCAUAGAGAAAGAGGGCUACAUCAACGUGGUGGAGGAAGAUCUAGUCGGGGACACGACCACCCACAGGAGCCCAGGCCACAGGUAGUGAGGGCCAGACUCGUGGUGAAAAAUGGACCACGCCUGUGGCUUUUUCGACCAAUGGGACUCCACCAAAAGUCUGAUAUCAAGCUGAAUUCAGUGAAUUCCAAGACUUGCCAUCAUUGCCUCUAUGGAACCUGCUUUUAAGUGUGUUUAUAUAGAAGAAAGUGACCACGGACACCAUGAAGGACUCACACAGAGGCUUUGUUCGCUACAUGCAGAUGUAUUUUGGUUCUACCAGAUGUUGACAUAAAGGAGCCACUGCUGUGUUCUGAUUUUGUCCUGUUUGUUCUGAAUAUGGAGGCUUUGUUUCACGUGUUUUAUUAUAUUAGUGCAUAACCAAAUGAGAGGUUUUGGUGGAGAAAGCGCACGGAAGCAGUCAGGCCACAAACAACCCACAACCAGGAGGACGAGAGUGUGCAAAUGGCGCAUUCUCCUCAUCCAUCGUUAUAAGCUUUUUGUCUCGGCACAGACUCGUAACAGACCGACUGAAAAUGUUAUUACUUACUUUUGAACAGCACAGAUCUGAGCGCGAGUAUAUUUGAAGCUGUAGUUCCAACAGUUCCUUCACUUUGCCUUAUUCUGUCUCUUUUUUUUCCCGCCUUUUCCAUCUCCCCUGCAAGUCCAGCUUGCGGUACAACAGCGUAACAGUAAAAUAGUAUUCUCCAAACCAAAAAUACUCUGAGUGCAAACAGCAGCGUGCUGGUCAGUGUUCAUUAAAUGUUAAGUCGGUCCAUUAAUGCACUACCACUCUCACACGCAGACCUGAAACAUUAAGAGCCGUCUGCUAUAACAUCAUUUCAGUUUAUGCAAUGCAAAAUGUUACAGUUUGUAUGUUGGUUCAUUCUUAUGCGAUUUCAUGUCCAAAUGACUAUUUAUUGGUGUGUCACAAAGGAUGAGAGUCGGUUUAGUCAAUUCUAGGUUUUGCUUCGUGUUGCUUUAUAUGUGGGGAAAUAUUUACCGUAGGUACAUUAGCAUUUGGAUACUAUUUAAAUUGACAUUUCUUUGAGUACUGUUUUAUGUUCAGAUGAUAUAAAAACAACAAAGCUAUUUGAGUUUGGACAUUACAUUGCUGAAGUGGUGCCAUGCGGUUUUCAGUUUCCUCCUCGGAGUCCUGUGCACUGGCCGACCCGGCACCUGUGCAAUGACAGAAAUACAGUACUUGAAUGUUUGUGGGUUGGCAGUCUGGACAGGAUUCACAGAGCUACAAGCGGUGUAAAGCCCGAGCGACCGGACUCAAGUCUGAGAAGUGCUGUGGGGUGAUGAAGGGGUUCAAAAUGCCUCAUCCCACUGCGGGGAUAACCUCGGGCUCUGCGCUUUGAUUUUCAUAUUCUCAGUGUAAAUACCUAUAAAUACUUUGACAACCUAACAAGCUUCACCGCACAGUGAUUUGCUUCUGUUUUCUGCUAUUGCAUUGUUACU